AUGUGUCACGCACUUCUGGUUUCUCCCGUAGUCAACAUGGCAGAUGAAGCCACUAGGAAAGUAGUCUCUGAAAUACCGCUGUUAAAAACAAAUUCGGGACCAAGAGACAAAGAGUUAUGGGUUCAGAGGCUUCGAGAAGAAUAUAUGUCCCUAAUAAAAUAUGUUGAAAAUAACAAAAAAGAUGAUAAUGAUUGGUUCCGCCUAGAGUCCAACAAAGAUGGGACAAGGUGGUUUGGAAAAUGCUGGUACAUUCACGAGCUUCUGAAAUAUGAGUUUGACAUAGAAUUUGAUAUUCCAGUUACAUAUCCAGCCACAGCACCAGAAGUUGCUAUUCCUGAGCUGGACGGAAAGACGGCAAAGAUGUACAGAGGUGGCAAAAUCUGCUUGACAGAUCACUUCAAACCACUGUGGGCAAGAAAUGUACCAAAAUUCGGGCUGGCUCAUCUUAUGGCUUUGGGACUUGGACCAUGGCUUGCGGUGGAGAUUCCAGACCUCAUUGCAAAAGGCAUUAUUCAACAUAAAGAUCAGCAAAACAGUUAAACAUUGAAGUGGAAUUUGCAUUUAACUACUUUAACAGUGUAACGGUAAACAUAAAAGACAGUUUGCUUCAAAAUUUUUGUUUUGCCACCUAUCAAAUUCACCUUUGACAUUUGUACAGAUAUCUAUUGUAAGCCAAGUUGGUUUUAAUAUUAGCAAGGUUUAUCUACUGGUUGUAAAAUGGAAUGUACAUGCUUUUCAUCAGUAAAGCCUGGAAUACUGA